UUCAGAAAGAAUGGAGGGAUCUUGUUACAACAACAAUUCUCUUCUCUCCAGGGAUCUAGCAGAUCCCCAAAAAUCUAUUCCGCUCAAGAGCUCAAAAAGGCCACAAACAACUAUCAUUCCAGCAAUAUAUUAGGUAGUGGUGGGAAUGGCUCUGUCUACAAAGGAAUGCUCAAGGAUGGCUCAGUAGUAGCUGUGAAGAAGUCUCAAGUUGUAGAUAAAAGCCACAUCGAUCAGUUCAUAAAUGAGGUUGUCAUUCUAACUGAAAUCAAUCAUAGGAAUGUAGUGAAGCUCUUGGGCUGUUGUUUGGAGACACAAGUUCCCAUGUUGGUUUAUGAGUACAUCUCAAAUGGAACUUUGUACCAGAAAAUCCAUGAAAGCGAUGAUCCUUUGGAGCAUAUUUCUUGGCAAUCACGCUUUCGAAUCGCAGUCGAAACUGCAGGUGCUCUUUCUUACCUUCAUUCUUCUACUUCCACACCCAUAUUCCACAGAGAUGUUAAGUCCUCCAACAUACUUUUGGACAAGAACUAUACUCCCAAGGUAGCCGAUUUUGGAAUUUCAAGAUUAGUUCCACUUGACAAGACAAAGGUCUCAACUAUGGUGCUUGGAACGUUUGGAUACUUGGAUCCCGAAUACUUCAAUACGGGAAAAUUAACGGAAAAGAGUGACGUUUAUAGCUUUGGGGUGGUUUUACUGGAGCUUUUAACUGGGCGGAAGCCUAUUUGCCCUGAGUCAUCAAUUGAGUAUCAUAAUUUGCCAAUGGUCUUUUUAUCUUAUGUUAGGAAUGAUAACUUUGUAGAGAUUUUGGAUGACAAAGUAGCAUGUGAAGGAAAAAUGGAGGAAUUACAAGCUGUAGCAGACAUCGCAAGACGAUGCCUAAGAGUGGAAGGUGGAGCGAGGCCAACAAUGAAGGAGGUUGUGCAAGAGCUUAUUGCUUUGUCUAGUGAGCAGGUGCAUGUGGUCCAUGAGUGUGAGGCACACGAAUGGUGA